UUUUAGGUAGCAGACGAAUGUGAUGGCUUACAACGUUAUUAGUCUAAUCUUUUUGACGUUGCUCAUACUCUGCAAUUGUGCGCAAGCUACCAUAACAACGAAAGGACGUCGUUUUAUUGUCGAUGAAGGUGAUAGCGUGGAAUUACCCUGCAAUAUACAUAAUAUUGCGGAAGAUACAGUGGUGAUAUGGAAACGAGGAGAACUAGUACUGUUUACUGACGAAGAAGCCUUUCAUGAAGAUCAACGAUUCCAGUUGCACAGGAAAGAUAAUAAUUUUACAUUAGUUAUCGAACGAGUGGAGCCAUACGAUGGCGCAAAAUAUGUUUGCGAAAUAACAUCUCCUGAGAUGUCAAUAACGCACAUAUUGGAAGUGAACGUACGUCCUAUGGUGUCUAUUUCACCAGAUGCAAAUCCACUACUGGUGAAUGUUGGUGAGAAUAUUGUCAUUAAAUGUUCAGUAUCUGGUAAUCCACCACCAAAAGUUACAUGGACACGACAGGAUGGUCGAGAAAUGCCGGCAAGAGCUAUAUCAAAAGAUGGACAGCUGAGGAUAACUCGUAUAACGGUAGACGAUAGCGGCGUCUAUGAAUGUACAGCAUCAAAUAACGUUGGCGUCGAUGCGCAUGAUACCAUUGAAGUCCGAGUGCAGGCGGAUCAAUACGGAGCGCAUGAGCCGUCAGCACCAUGGGUAGAUUCGGUAUAUACAUAUAUACCGGUAAGGCUAGAUCAAGAUAUCAAUCUAACCUGCAAAUAUAACGCCGAACCAUCGCCGCAAGUUGACUGGAUCUACAAUGGCUUCACAAUUAAUUUUUCGGAUGACAAAUUCAAAGGUUUAAUGCAGUAUGCUGCCAGACGGGAUAAUUACAGUGAAUCCAUCCUAGCAAUCGAAAAUAUCAAGGAAGAUAAUUUUGGUGACUACACAUGUCGCGUAGCGAAUAAUCUUGGUAUAAAAGAAAAGACCAUUUAUGUCAGCGGUCGACCAGGACCACCUAACUUAAACGCAAGUGGAAUUCGACUUUCGUGGAACGUACAUUCAGUGGAUCCAGUCAUCGAAUACCAAAUCUUGUAUCGAUUCUCCAACGAUGAUACAUGGCAGCAGUUUAAGUCUAUAAGGGCGAACAAAGAGGAGCAACAUGGUGAUAUUUGGAGCGGAAGCGAAGAUUUGAUAUGGUUACGGCCAGGCUUAGAAUACGAAUUACAAAUGAAAGCGCGAAAUACACUAGGAUGGGGCUCUUUGGCUCGGUCUUAUGUUACAAUGAAAAUACCGCCUUUUGACAAUAUGACCAAUGACAAAAGGUUAAACUCAGUAAAGCGAAUAUUUGCCUCACGAUCAUCACAUUUGUCCAUCGUUUCAUUUAUUGCUGCAUCAAUUUUCCUAUUAUGAGUUUCGCUUCGUUCAUUGAUAUGCAGAGGAUCGGUAUUUUGGUUGGUUCAUCACUUCCAACAUCGUAUUAAUCGCUAGUGCCAAUUUAUUGGUCAACUACGUAAAUUUUUUUCUUGUUAAAAAUAUAUAAUGGAGGUGAUGUUGUGUUGGACGAAUUUGUGCGUUCGUGAGUUAGAUUUUGUGGUAGUUUAAAAAGCAACCUGGGAAUAACUGAUUUUCGUGUAAUAAUUGAGCCAAACUCAGAGAUAAAAUAAUAAGGUUCUAGUGUUGCUUGUUUUUC